AUGGUAAUUUUGGAGACCCGUGUUGGGGGUGACAGGGCAAAAGGAAUCAUUGAUAGAUUGCCUUUUGAUGGCUCAGUUCAUACGGACACCGUUGGGUAUGCAGGUGGUUUCUGGAUGCUGUGGGAUUCAGAAAGGGUGGAUGUCAAUCCGUUGGCUAACACUGAGCAGGAAAUUCAUGCUACAGUUAAGGUACGUAAUGCAAAUUCUAGCUGGGUUUUUACUACUGUGUAUGUUAGUCCUAGAACUGAUGAAAGGCAUAUUUUAUGGAAUAAUCUUAUUAAAACUGCUGAGUUACAUGAUUUGCCAUGGGUUGUGGUGGGCAAUUUUAAUGAACCUUUGUUGGGGGAAGAUAAAUUCGGGGGAAGAGCAGUGAGUGUCAGUAGAUUGUUGUUGUUUAAAAAGUGUCUUGAUAAAUGCAAUAUGAUUGAUAUCAGGUUUUCGGGCCCCCGAUUUACUUGGACUAAUAGAAAAGAUAUUCAAGCACUUAUACAUGAUAGAAUAGAUAGGGUUUUUGUUAACCCCAACUGGUGUUUAUCGUACCCGGAAGCUCGGGUGGUCCAUCUUACCAGAUGCCAUUCUGAUCAUUGCCCUAUUCUUUUGGAGAUGCAACUGAUAAUUAAUAUGGGGAGAAAGAGGCCUUUUAGAUUCCAGACUUGCUGGCUGUCUGAACCUUCUUUCCCUUCUAUUGUGUCAAAAGCGUGGAGUGAUUCACCUGCUCUGGGAGAGGUAGUUAACAGAUUUACCCAAGCAGCAAUUAGGUGGAAUGCUUCUCAUUUUGGCAAUAUCUUUACUAGAAAAAAGAACAUUAUGGCUAGGAUCAAUGGGAUUCAACGGGCACUAUCUGUGAGACCUUCUGCUUUCCUUGUAUAUUUGGAGAAUGAGCUCCUUAAGGAGCUAGACAGAGUGUUGAGCCAAGAAGAGGAGCUUUGGGUGUUAAAGUCCCAUGUUAACUGGAUGAUCCAAGGCUCUCGAGUUGCUCUUGGUAUAUCCCAAUGGCAGGCUAGCUUAACGAAUGAGGAGAGGGAGAGUAUUGGUGGGGUUGCAUCGGAGGAAGAGAUAAAAUUUGCCCUAUGGUCUCUUAAAGCUUUCAAAGCCCCAGGAUCGGAUGGGCUGCAUGCUAGUUUUUUCCAUAGAUUUUGGUUGAUUGUGGGUAACUUAGUGGUUGAUGUAGUAAAGAAGGUGUUUGCGGAAAAGUCUGUGCCGGAAUACUUGAAUAGAACUCUUAUUACUUUAAUUCCUAAGAUACAAAGCCCUGAGACGUUGAGUAACUAUAGGCCUAUUAGCUUGUGCAACACCGUGUGUAAGAUUAUUAAAAAGAUUAUUGUUGCUAGACUUAGACCUUUCUUGGACAAGCUUAUUUCUCCCCUCCAAACAGCUUUUGUCCCGGGAAGGAAAGGCAUUGAUAAUGUGAUUAUAGUGCAAGAAAUCAUUCACACUCUCAGUAGAAAGAGAGGAAAGGUGGGGUACAUGGCCAUUAAGAUUGAUCUUGAAAAGGCAUAUGACAAACUUGAGUGGAGUUUCAUAAGAGAUAUGCUCAUUAGGGCUAAUUUGCCGGCUGAUUUGAUUGACAUUAUUAUGAGUUGCAUAUCCACGGUUUCGACCUCUAUUUUAUUUAAUGGAGAAGCUCUUGACCCGAUCUAUCCAUCGAGAGGUAUAAGGCAGGGAAACCCACUAUCUCCAUAUUUAUUCAUUCUAUGCAUGGAAUUUCUAGGUCAAUUCAUUGAAGAGAAAUGUAAUGCUAAACUAUGGCAGCCUAUGAAGGCUUCAUGUGGCGGGCCGGCAUUUUCACAUCUAUUUUUUGCAGAUGAUUUGGUCUUAUUUGCCAAAGCUGACCAUAUCAAUUGCUCGACUGUAAGGGAUGUCAUUGAUGCUUUCUGCAAUACUUCGGGCCAAUUAGUGAGUGCCUCUAAGUCUAGAGUUUAUUUCUCACCAAAUAUGGAUAGGGACUCAAGGGAGUCGUUCUGUGAUAUCCUUGGAUUUGCCUCAAUGCCAUCGCUUGGCAAGUACCUUGGAAUUCCUAUUAAGCACCCUGGUUCUUCUUCUCAAGAUUUUAACUACAUUCUUGAUAGGGUGAAGAACAAGUUAGCGAGUUGGAAAGCUAACUUGCUCACCUUGGCUGGUCGAGCAGUCCUUAUUCAAGCAUCUUCAGCUACUAUUCCAACAUAUGUCAUGCAAUGUACUUACAUUCCGAAUAAAAUCCUAAAGGGAGUUGAUCGGGAGGAAGGCGGCCUUGGUUUGCAAUCUGCUAAAGGCAGAAACACCGCCUUACUAGCCAAGCUUAAUUGGAGGUUGAAUGUUGAAAAAGAAGCUUUAUGGGCUCGGGUAUUAAGGCAAAAAUAUUGCAGCCAGAGGAGAAUCAGUUCAGCCAAUGUAGACAAGUUGCCAUGUUCGCAGAUUUGGAAAGCAGUUAAGAAAGGGAAGGGUACUUUCAAUGAGGGCAGCAUGUGGACGAUUGGAAGGGAUAGUAAUCUCCGUUUUUGGUGGGAUAACUGGACGGGUAAAGGGCCUCUUCGCUGUAUGAUACAAGGUCCUUUAACCCGAGGAGUCGACCAAUGGAAGGUUUGUGAGAUACUUUCAGAUUUUAGUUGGGAUUGGAGGCAGAUUCCUCUCGAUCUCCCUUUCAAGGUCAAAUCCUUAAUCCAAGCCAUCCCCAUUUCUUUUAUGAGUAGAGGGCAGGAUAAGCUAGCUUGGUCGGGCAACCCGAGGGGUACCUUUGACCUCAAGAGUGCCUACUUUAUUGCCACGACUGAGGAAGCUAUUCAUCCCUUUAAUUCUAGGUGGAUGUGGAAGCUUGAAACGCUGCCUAAGAUCAAAACUUUUCUAUGGAGAUGCCAGCAUAACAGCAUAGGUGUAAUGAGUUGCCUUGUUAGGAGAGGGGUGGAAGUUGAUGAGUUAUGCCCAAUCUGCCAUAGAGAACCUGAAUUAAUCAUUCAUGCCAUUAGAGAUUGUGCUUGGGUUAAGGGAGUUUGGAUGCAGUUAGGUGUGAGCAUAUCUAAUCAGGAAUUUUGGAUGAGUAAUCUCCAAGUUUGGAUCAACCUCAAUGGGAAAGCCAAGUGUAGCCAUGCCAAGAAAAACCUCCUUGGAAAAUUACCUUCUCUUUUGCUGUGUGGUGUAUAUGGUUAA